AUGGGUCCGAAAGUUGUCUCAGGAAAAGCUGCAAAGAAGGCGUCUAAGGUAAAGGUGCCUAAGACGGAUAAAGCAAAGAAGAGGAGAAGGAAGGAGAGCUAUGCCAUCUACAUCUACAAGGUUCUGCGCCAAGUGCAUCCUGAUACUGGUAUUUCCUCAAAGGCUAUGUCUAUCAUGAACUCUUUCGUUAAUGACAUCUUCGAACGUAUUGCCGCAGAGUCAAGUAGGCUGGCCCACUACAACAAGAAAUCAACUAUCACCAGCCGCGAGAUCCAGACUGCUGUGCGUCUGCUCUUACCCGGUGAAUUGGCUAAGCAUGCCGUCUCAGAAGGCACAAAGGCCGUUACUAAAUACACUGGCUCCAAGUAG